AUGCCAUCAGCAACAAAGGCAGAGUAUGUGGAGGGUGGAGGUGUGGUGGGUGAGGGGGAGUCUGGUGGCAUUGUGAGCCAGUUGGAGGCCUCUGGGCUGGGUAGAGAGCGACAUGCCCACUCCUGUCUGAAGGCCCCCAGGGAGCUUCUGAGGAGCUUCCCUCACUCCAAACGGGUGGGCUCCUAUCUGGUGGGGAAGAUGAUCAACAAGGGCUCCUUCGCUAAGGUCAUGGAGGGGCUCCACAUCAGCACAGGAGAGAAGGUGGCCAUCAAGGUGAUUGAUAAGAAGAAGGCGAGGCAGGACUCAUACGUUCUAAAGAAUAUGAAGAGAGAACCUCGUAUUCACCAGAUGGUCAGACAUCCUCAUAUAGUAGUUCUACUGGAGACCCUGGAGACAGAGAACAGUUACUACAUGGCAAUGGAGCUGUGUGUUGGAGGAGAUCUGAUGGACCGAAUCUGUGAGAAGAAACGUCUGGAGGAGAGAGAAGUCAGGAGAUACACACGACAGAUCCUCUCAGCUGUGGAGCACCUACACACACACGGCAUCAUACACAGGGAUCUGAAGAUUGAGAACUUCCUCCUGGAUGAACACAACAACAUCAAGAUUGUUGACUUCGGUCUCAGCAACACUCUGAAGGUAGAGAGAGAGUCUGCUGAGCUGCUGAACACCCAGUGUGGAAGCCCAGCCUAUGCCGCGCCCGAGCUGCUCGCCCACAGCAAGUAUGGACCCAAGGUCGACGUCUGGUCCGUGGGGGUCAGUAUGUUUGCCAUGCUGACUGGGACGUUGCCUUUCACUGUUGAGCCGUUCAACAUCAAACAGCUGCAUCAGAAGAUGGUCAAUGGAGAGAUAGGAACCAUACCCAAUGAUAUCAGCAAAGGUGCAGUAGGUUUCGUCUUGUCCCUGUUGGAACCAGAACCUUCUAAACGGCCGACAAUCAGAUCAGCUAUGGAGGAGAAAUGGAUCAAUGAGGGCUACACCAGAAAACCUUUACACACACUCACACACAGGAACAGGCUGCGUCCUGAGGAUCUGAACCAAUCUGUGCUGUCCUACAUGACAGAGUCUCUGGGUUACAGUCUGAGUGAUGUCACCACCAUGCUGACCAAUAACAGGCCUUCUGCCAUCCUGGCCUCCUAUCAGCUGCUGCUCAGAAAACUGACCCGGGGAGAGAAAGGGGCCAGGGGCAUCAAGAAGCUGGACACCAGUGAAUGGAACCUGCCCAGGAAAACCACCUGGAGAGAGAAGAGCAGCCCUGUAGCCAGGACACAGCAACACACUGAGCCAGCCAAUGAGAAGGUCUCUAAGCAGUCCAGCCGGCCCCCGAGGAGCCAACCACAGUCCACAGAGGAGGAAUUUCUCAGCAACAAGAAGAGACAGGAAGACCCUCCCACAGAGACCCGCCACUCCUCCACCUCUCUCCUCCCUUGCCUCCCUUCCCCUUGCCCCACGCCUCUCGUUGAUGAAGAGGUCGCCAUCACACUGUUUCCUGAAGUCUCUGUGUUCGGGGACAGAGAGCUGGUCCAUCUCGCACCUCCUAAAAGCUCUGCCUCCAAGCUGUGUAACUCCGCCCCCCUGCCACGCCUGUUGGAACCAACCAGAGAAGUCCAGGUCCGUCCAGUCCGUCCACCACAUGAGGUCAGAACCACACACUCCGAUGGGGCGGAACUCGACAACAGCCACCUCCACGACGACGAUGACAGUUGUCACGAUGACCACGUUCACCCUCAUCGCCUUGGCAACAAUGACCGGUUAAAGAAGCUGCAGAUGUUCUACUCCUCGGAGACGAAGGGUGGAGUUUCUCCCAGAAUGAUCCUGGAGACCACGGAGGCUCGCCCCUCGGACAGAGAACACUUGGCAGGCGCCAUGGAAAUGGCACAAACUGCCCCGCCCCCUCUCCCCCAGCUACGGAAUGCUGGGCUGAAGGAGGGAGGCGGGGGAGGAAGGGGGGGGAAGGUCACAUGGGUGGGCCACAUGGUACGGCCGCAGGGCACCACAGGGCUGCUGGUCAACGGGACCAAACCCCCGGCCUUCCCCUCCCAUAGACAGCACGCUCUGGUCAUCAAGAGCCUUCGCCAGGAGAGGGCGAGGAGAGGAGGAGGCGGAAGAGGAGGAGGAGGGAUGAGAGGAGGAGUGCAGCGUAACUCUGUUCAGCUGCGUCAGUCCUUACAGCGUCGAGUAGCUGACCUGAACCUCCCUCUGCUCCCAGCAGCCCCGCAGAGACCAUAUUGACCUAUUGACCUAAGACACUAACCCUACUGAAAUACAGAGACCCUACUGACCUACUGAGACCCUACUGACCUACUGACCUACAGGUACCCAACUGACCUACAGAGACCCUACUGACCCUGACCUAAAGAGACCCUACUGACCCUGACCUACAGAGACUCUACUGACCUACAGAGACCCUACUGACCUACAGAGACCCCACCGAUCCUGACCUACAAAGACCCUACUGAGCCUGACCUACAGAGACCCUACUGACCUACUGGCCUACUGACCUACUGACCUACAGAGACCCUACUGACCUACAGACCUACUGACCUACAGAGACCCUACUGACCUACUGAGACCCCACUGACCUACAGAGACCCUAAUGACCUACAGAGACCUUACUGACCUACUGACCUACAGAGACCCUACUGACCUACUGAGACCCUACUGACCUACUGAAACCCUAUUGACCUACUGAGACCCUACUGACCUACUGACCUACUGAGACCCUACUGACCUACUGAGACCCUACCGAUCUACAGAGACCCUACUGACCUACUGACCUACAGAGACCCUACUGAGCUACUGACCUACUGACCUGCAGAGACCCUACAGACCUACUGACCUACAGAGACCCUACUGACCUACAGAGACCCUACUGACCUACAGAGACCCUACUGACCUACAGAGACCCUUCUGACCUACUGACCUACAGAGACCCUACUGACCUACAGAGACCCUACUGACCUACUGACCUACAGAGACCCUACUGACCUACAGAGACCCUACUGACCUACUGACCUACAGAUACCCUACUGACCUACUGACCUACAGAGACCCUACUGAUCUACUGACCUAGAGAGACCCUACUGACCUACAGAGACCCUACUGACCUACUGAGACCCUACUGACCUACUGACCUACUGAGACACUACUGACCUACUGACCUACAGAAACUCUACUGACCUACAGAGACCCUACUUACCUACUGACCUAGAGAGACCCUACUGAUCUAGAGAGACCCUACUGACCUACAGAGACCCUACUGACCUACUGACCUACUGACCUAGAGACCCUACUGAUCUAGAGAGACCCUACUGACCUACAGAGACCCUACUGACCUACUGACCUACUGACCUAUAGAGACCCUGUUGACUCUGUUGACUAGUGUGUUAAUCACUCUACAGAGUCCAGAUGGUGUCAGUGUCUGCACAGAGACCCUACUGACCUACAGAGACCCUACUGACCUACAGAGACCCUACUGACCUACAGAGACCCUACUGACCUACUGACCUACUGACCUAGAGAACCUACUGACCUACUGACCUACAGAGACCCUACCGACCUACAGAGUGUCAAUGUCUGCACAGCCACGUUGUAGAAUAUUGAAUCUCAUACUUCUUCAAUUCUCAGUCAAGGAUUUCCACUAUUUGACAUCACAUUCACAUUAACAGAAGUAUGUGGCGCCACAGACAUAUUUCUCAAUGGGCCGCAAGACUAUUGCUGCUCUGUGACUGUGAACGACAGAGACCCGACUGAUCCUGGUGACUAGGUCAGGAAGAGAACCAUAUGUCAACCAGCUACUGGUCUAUAGUGCCAAAGGAUUACGGUUAAGCAUGAACAAGGAGCUAGAGUAAUGUCAUCAGGUGGAACCAGGUAAAACCAGGUAGAACAUUCCACAGCAUUAUCACAGUACUGAAUGGGUUAACUCUCUCAUUAUCAGUCUCUACAGUACUGAAUGGGUUAACUCUCUCAUGAUCAGUCUCUACAGGGUUAACUCUCUCAUCAUCAGUCUCUACAGUACUGUAUGGGUUAACUCUCUCAUUAUCAGUCUCUACAGUACUGUAUGGGUUAACUCUCUCAUUAUCAGUCUCUACAGUACUGUAUGGGUUAACUCGCUCAUUAUCAGUCUCUACAGGGUUAACUCUCUCAUCAUCAGUCUCUACAGUACUGUAUGGGUUAACUCUCUCAUUAUCAGUCUCUACAGUACUGUAUGCGUUAACUCUCUCAUUAUCAGUCUCUACAGUACUGUAUGGGUUAACUCUCUUAUUAUCAGUCUCUACAGGGUUAACUCUCUUAUUAUCAGUCUCUACAGGGUUAACUCUCUUAUUAUCAGUCUCUACAGGGUUAACUCUCUUAUUAUCAGUCUCUACAGGGUUAACUCUCUUAUUAUCAGUCUCUACAGGGUUAACUCUCUUAUUAUCAGUCUCUACAGGGUUAACACCCUCAUUAUCAGUCUCUACAGGGUUAACUCUCGCAUUAUCAGUCUCUACAGGGUUAACUUUCUUAUUAUCAGUCUCUUCAGGGUUAACUCUCUUAUUAUCAGUCUCUACAGGGUUAACUCUCUUAUUAUCAGUCUCUACAGGGUUAACUCUCUUAUUAUCAGUCUCUACAGGGUUAACUCUCUUAUUAUCAGUCUCUACAGGGUUAACUCUCUUAUUAUCAGUCUCUACAGGGUUAACUCUCUUAUUAUCAGUCUCUACCGGGUUAACUCUCUCAUUAUCAGUCUCUACAGGGUUAACUCUCUUAUUAUCAGUCUCUACAGGGUCAACUCUCUUAUUAUCAGGCUCUACAGGGUUAACUCUCUUAUUAUCAGUCUCUACAGAGUUAACUCUCUCAUUAUCAGUCUCUACAGGGUUAACUCUCUUAUUAUCAGUCUCUACAGGGUUAACUCUCUUAUUAUCAGUCUCUACAGGGUUAACUCUCUUAUUAUCAGUCUCUACAGGGUUAGCUCUCUCAUUAUCAGUCUCUACAGGUUUAACUCUCUUAUUAUCAGUCUCUACAGGGUUAACUCCCUCAUUAUCAGUCUCUACAGGUUUAACUAUCUUAUUAUCAGUCUCUACAGGGUUAACUCUCUUAUUAUCAGUCUCUACAGGGUUAACUCUCUUAUUAUCAGUCUCUACAGGGUUAACUCUCUUAUUAUCAGUCUCUACAGGGUUAACUCUCUCAUUAUCAGUCUCUACAGGGUUAACUCUCUUAUUAUCAGUCUCUACAGGGUUAACUCUCUCAUUAUCAGUCUCUACAGGGUUAACUCUCUUAUUAUCAGUCUCUACAGGUUUAACUCUCUCAUUAUCAGUCUCUUUAUUGUCAUGUGUUUUUAAUAUAUUCGCUGAACUGUAUUCCUAUUUUCUACUCCCAUAAAAAUCAUGUGAUCUGACUAUUCCAUACCUC